AUGGUUGCUUUCUGGGAAACAACGAUAUCGGAUUACGAUAUUUCUUCAAUUUACAAAUCAGGUGGGUGUUAUAUUUAUGUAUUAUACAGUCGCGCGCCCUUAACCAAUCAGUAAUCGUCGAGAGGUUUUCGUGCCGAUCCAAUAUUUUACGUCAUAUUCGACUGGAACCUAUUGGACAGUUGCCAAUCGUUUUUCAACCCUUUUGGAACACCAAAAACAUUGGUGUUUUUCAAUCUACACGAGCAAAAUCGCCACGAACAAAGUUUAGUCUAUCCACGAGCAAAAUAUCUUUGAGAUAUGAAUUUGUCAAAUAAAAUUUGCUCGUAUAAACGGGACUUUACAGUCAAAGAGUCAAAGGCAUAUUGCUAUAAAAUGUCAACACUCGCCAUCAUCGUCUUAAAGACAUAAAUAUUCCAUUAAUAUCUCUAAUUCCUCGCACGAUCGUCCAAAACAUCCUCGAUUUCUUCCUUAUUCGACGAUUUUUUAGGUUUUCGAGCACAUUUGCAAAUUUUGAGCGUUAUUGCAAGUUUUCAAGUCACGAUUUCACAGUCCCUGAAAUUAACGCGACCGCUCAUACGAAUGACGGAUAAGGGACUGUGGAAGAGUCAGCAUUAACACAGUUUUUCCUCGACGUUAGUAAUGCUAUUUUUUUGUUCAAAUUAUGUGAAAUUUUCUUUAAAAUUCCUUUAAUUAUGGAAUUGAGUUUAUUUAUGCACUCAUAUUUGUAAAACAUGUUUAUUAACUUUUUGUUUAGUUAUUUAAUUAAGCAAAUUCGCCGCCAAUACAAGUAGUAAAUGUUGUCCCUCUGUAUUACUUUAUCGCUUAUUGACAAUUUUUGUUAUAGAAUUAUUUUGUUCGACACAAUAAAACUCUUAUUGGUAUCAUCUUAGCCCAAUACGGUAAAAUAUUAAGUAUCAACCCUAAUAUUAGGGGUAUCGCCGAAAUAUUGAGGUCUCUACCUAAUAUUUUGUUAUAUUGGGUUCAGGAGAAUCCAAUAAGACAUAUUGUUCAACGAAAUUUUGUCAAGACAUAGACUCAUUGCUCAUAUUCACCUGUACCGUCUCCUUCUCGAGAAUGCGACAGCACAAUAUCGAGAUAUUUCGUAUUUCGAGUUUCUUACCGAAUUGCCUAUUGCCGAUUGUUUAGUUGUGGUCCCGUUCGUUUAAUUUCCUCGUCUAUUUUAUUUAGAGUUUGGAACAUGUCCAUUUAGUUGGAUCGAAUAUGGAAUGUCAUGCUACCAGCUGAACAAAGAUACAAAGUCAAAUUAUCGGGCCGCUAGUACGUGUCAGCGCUCGGGAGGAGAUCUUACUAAUAUCGAUACUAAUGUUGAACAAGCAUUUAUUUUAACGAUAUUGAUUGAUAAGACAUGGAUUG